UGCGCGCGCGGCGCGGUCCUCGCGUUAUUCCGUGUGUUCGAUAUUCAAACUCACGCAUUGACGCGAACGUUCCAAAUUCGAAAUUUGAAAGCGAAGUUUAUCGAUGGUCAAUGACAACUGUGAAUAUAAUCUGUUUUAAUCAGUGAUAUGUGAACGUCGAUAAAGUCGCAUUGUUUCAAAGUGUGUGAAGUGUAAUAAUAAAAAGUGAAUCUUUCGACGAAAAUGGUAAUGGAGUCCGCGCAACAUAACGGGCGAUUUUGGCCCCUAUCGCCUCGUUUGUGGCGUCGGAGCAAUGAAUAUUCCAAGGUGGUGUUCGAACCUAGAAGGCCGCCGACAUCGCCGAUAGAAUAUAGAAAGAACAAAUUAGAUCUGACCCCAGAUUUAUUGAGAUCCAGAAGUUUUAUAAAAGAUAGACUGGAUCAUUUAAAUCUCGAGGAGGUGGAUGACGAAGUUAUUCAUAUUGAUGAGAAGACUCGAUGGAGUGUGGACUCGAAGAAACCGCCGAUCAAGGAAACGAAGAAAAUCGAAGAGGUGGUGAAGUUGAGAGCAAAGAAGCAGAGACAGCCGCGACCAAAUAGCCUGCAGCUGCUGCUCUGUCCCUCCAGCUCAGGACAUUAUAGCAGCAACACCUGGAGGUACACCAGGGUCCGCUCCAAAAGCCAUGAGCCGGAGGGCGGCGGCCGAUGCGGCGAGGGUCCGCUAGCGCGCGCCAUGCAACCAGCGCCGCCUGGUGGCUCGCCCAAGCGACAGCCCGCCACUGCGCCCGCGCAUGGCGCGGCGGGUGAUCAGUCAACCCUAAAGGUGCAUCUACCCAAUGGAGGGUUCAACGUGGUCCGCGCGUCUCCUGAAGAAGAUGUGCGGUCGGUGCUGCGGCUGUUGGCGGCGAGGCUUGCUGCUGGUGACCGACUAUACGCGUCGUGCUACGCGCUAAGAGCUAGGCGGCUUACCACUGGGAAGAUCCGAUGGAUCCAUCAAGACACAGCGGUGUCGGAGUUGACGUCGCGCUGGCCGGCCAGCGAGUGGCGGCUGGAGCUGCGCGUGCGCUACCUGCCCGCCAACCUGAGAGACCUCUGCGACGCAGACCGCGUCACAUUCCAUUACUACUAUGAUCAAGUGCGACAUGACUACCUCAACGCCAACCAUCCUAUGGUAGAUCAGGAUUUGGCGAUACAAAUAUGUUGUUUAGAAAUAAAAUAUUUCUGCAAAGAUAUGCAGAUAUCGUUGGACAAGAAGUCUAAUAUAGAGUACUUAGAGAAGGAGUUCGGUCUGCACAAGUUCCUGCCCAAAUCCGUGCUUGACGCUAUCAAACCCAAAGUCCUCAAGAAGGCUAUACAACAGCAGUUCAAAAAGGUGGCUAAUUUAAGUGAUGUGGAAUGCAUGUUACGGUACGUGGAGACGAUGCACACGCAUUACGGCUACGACAGGGAGACCUUCACCGCGGCGCUCGGCGGCGGCUGGGCCAUACCUGUGGAGCUGGCUAUAGGACCUGAUAUAGAUAUAUCGUACGUGUCCCACAAGGCGGGCGAGCCGCCCACCUACACUAAGAUAGCCUCCUUCAGCGACAUCGUGGCGCUGCACACGCUCAAGUCCAACUGCACGCAGCAAUCACAGACACAGAGUGGUUCGUGCGGUAAGGGCGCGUUGCAGCUACGUGUGAAAGGCGCCACGGAGACUCUCACCAUCAUGUGCAGCAGUGUAGAGGCUGCAGAAAGUCUGGCGGACUUAGUGGACGGCUAUUGCAGGCUGGUCACAGACACGCAAACUUCUCUAUGGAAUAGAACAACAACCGUUUGGAAACAGCUUAAUUGUCAAUGUAAAACAACAGAAAUGAGCAGUAGUUCAUCAGAAGGUAAAACAAGUUCGUGGGAAGCGAACACCGCGACCAUACUGUCUGAGGACUACGCGGAGAUUGUGGACGACGAUGCUGAUUACUCUACGCCUGCAGUUCGAGACUAUGAGUUGGUUCGUAAUCAAAUAGAACUGACCGGUAUUAUCGGAGAGGGACAGUUCGGAGAUGUGCAUAAAGGUACGUGCCGCGUGACGUCAGCCAACCACCCGUCGCUGCGGCGGCAGCUGGCGCUGCAGCGGCAGCAGGGCCGCGGCGCCGACCACGUGCUGCACGUCGCCGUCAAGACCUGCAAGAUGGACGCCGACCUCGACACCGCGGAGAAGUUUCUGGAAGAGGCCUAUAUAAUGCAGCAGUUCUCUCACCCGCACAUCAUCGGUCUGGUGGGCGUGUGCAGCUCCCCGCCCAUCUGGAUAGUGAUGGAGCUGGCCACGCUCGGCGAGAUGAGGGCAUAUCUGCAGCAAAAUGCACACAGAUUAGAGACGUGUACGCUGGUGCUGUACAUCUACCAGCUGUCGACGGCGCUCAGUUACUUGGAGAGCAAGAAGUUCGUACAUCGCGAUAUCGCUGCUAGAAAUGUCCUUGUUUCCACUGCCACGUGCGUUAAGUUGGCAGAUUUCGGUCUGUCUAAGCGAGUGGACGACAAGUCAUACUACAAAGCGUCGCGUGGCAAAUUGCCCAUCAAGUGGAUGGCACCAGAAUCUAUUAACUUCAGGCGGUUCACCUCCGCAUCUGAUGUAUGGAUGUUUGGAGUGUGCAUGUGGGAGAUCUUGAUGCUGGGCGUGAAGCCGUUCAGCGGCGUGAAGAACAACGACGUGAUCGGCAAGCUGGAGAACGGCGAGCGGCUGGCGCUGCCGGCGCGCUGCCCGCCGCGCCUCUACUCGCUCAUGUCGCGCUGCUGGGCCUACGAGCCCUCGCAGCGCCCCGCCGCGCACGCGCUCAAGGAGACGCUCUUUGAGAUUCUACAAGAGGAGCGCAGCACGGCGUGGGACACGAUGCGGCGCGAGAACCGGCGCGUGGCCGCCGCCUCCUGGGAGUUUUUUGUGUUCUUGAGUCCAGAAUUCGAUACGGAGCAGGCUGUGGAGAAGAGACUGCUCGCGGAACUAGCGAGACAGCAACAUCAGAGUGAAGAAGACAGCAAAUGGCUACAAAUGCAAGAAGAUAAUUUGAAGCGGUUAUCCAAGAUGCAGGUGGGUGCGGACAGCGAUCCGGCGAAUACAGUUAAAACGAAACCAAAACAAAUAGAGGAAAAAGGUGUAGGCGAGCCAGUGUACGCGGCGACGACGUGCGUAGUGCGCGCUGUGAUGCGGCUGGCGGCGGCGGCGGGCGCGGGGGGCGCGCCGGGCUCGGGGGGCGCAGGGGGUGCGCCGGGCUCGGGCGGCGCGGGGGGUGUGGCGAGCACGCUUCUCGCCUGCGUGCGCGCAGUGGGUCACGACCUGCGUGCCCUCUGUGCUACUGUUGACCUCAUCGUUGUGCCGUAUCCACCCUCCGCACAAAGGGAGGUGGAGAUGGCGCACCAGGUGCUGAGCAAGGACAUGGCGGCGCUGGUGGAGGCGAUGCGGCUGGCGGUGCGCUACGCCGACACCACGCUGCACCACGAGUACACCAAGAGUAUGCUCGCAGCGGCACACGUGUUGGCAAUGGAUGCUAAGAACCUUCUAGAUGUGGUAGACUGCAUCCGGGAACCUCAACAUAUAUAUGGCAACACCGAAGUAGGCGGAUCCUUCCAACAUUCGACAUCCUGUGAUGAUUCUAAAAUAGAUUUAGCGCCGUUAGAAUCUGUUAAAAGUAGAGUUCAAGCGAUUUCAGGGAAAAUAGAACCUCCGAUAUACUCGAUGGCAAAAAAAAUGGUACCCGCAGAGAAUGUUGACGAAUGAUUCGCUUUGUAGUGGUAUUUUUUUAAGCUUUACUUGGGGCUAUGAAGAGGUUAGACUUUUUGUAACGGGCAUUUACAGAUUACUUAAUUUUGUUAACCCUGCUUCCGUAGUUUGCUAAAUACAGCUAUUCGAUAUAUUUACGUUAAAAAAUCAUUUUUUCGGAUUUUCUAAAUACAAAAAACUGUAUUUUUUAUUUUUUUCUGUCGUC